AUAACAUUCAUCCAUUGCAUAUAUAAACAUAUAUUCACCCAUCAUCAUCAUAUAUCUUCUUCUUCUUCAUCAUUGUCAUAUAUCAUCACCAGAGAUUUGAAACAAAAAAUGGGGUCAUGGACAGCAAAGCAGAACAAGAAGUUCGAAGAGGCACUGGCGAUAUACGACAGGGAGACGAGGGACAGAUGGGAGCAGAUAGCGAGGUUCGUCGGAGGAAAGUCGGUGGAGGAAGUGAAGAGGCACUACGAGGUGCUUGAGAAGGAUGUGAUGGCCAUUGAGAAUGGGAGGGUGGCUAUGCCAAAGUACAAAACUACCCCUGAAUCCUGCACCACCAAGCACCACAAGUGAUGGCAAUUGAUGGAAAUCGUG